UAGCUGUCUCAUGGAGGGAUGGAUGGAUCCUUAACAAACCCUUGUCUGAUGGUCAUGUAAAGGCACAGAAGACCCCAAGGGUACCCGUUGUUCGCAGAUCAGACGAGUGAUGAUGGCUGUCAGACGACCGAUCGAUUGAUAGUGUAUGUAGUAGGAUGGGCUGUUAUUAUCAGUUACUGGCUGUUGUCUCGGGAAAGGAUUAUUAUUGUGGAGGUCAUCUGCAACUGGCGUUGAGUCGCGUUGAUUUAGCGGUCUCUGUCUGGUCUUUGCUUCCGUUGCGGCCUCUUUUUAUUUUCCCCCCUCUUUCCCCUCUCCUCGCUGCCUUUUUUCCGUUCUUUGCUUAGGAUUUCCUCUCGGUCGACCAUCUCCUUCUCUGGGGUCCGACGAGAAUUAUCCCGACCUGUCUUUGGCUGUUCUCGUGAGGAGGUCAGCCACGACAGCAGAAAAGACCCGGGAGGUGGUGCCGCUGACCCCUGGUGGGAGCUGCCAUUUCGUUGACAACAGACCAAGUGCAAUGUUUGUGUAUGUUGGUUCUUAACAACUAGUACCUAGCAGAUACCAGGAUUACGAGAGAGUGCUGAUCGUGGUACAGUUACUAGGAUACCUGACCGUGGUUGUUACACCGCUCUUUACCAUGCCUCGCUCCAUCUCCUACUUUACAG